CCUCAACCACAUCCAGAACGGCUCGUAUGGAGACGUGUUCUGUGUGCGGGACAAAAGGACCGGAUUCCAAUGUGCUGCCAAGAGGAUUCCACUGAGUCACUGCAGCGGGGAGGAGGUGAGCACGUGGAGCGCUCUCAACUCUCCUCGUGUGGUGGAGCUCUUUGGGGCUGUGAGGGAGGGGCCCAACAUUGUCCUCUUCAUGGACUUGAAGCCAGCAUGUUUGGCCCAGCUUCUCAAAGAAAUGAACUCCCUGCCUGAGGAUUUGUCCCUGCACUACCUUCACCAGACACUAGGGGCACUAGAGCACCUGCACCACAGGAAGGUCCUCCACCUGGACGUCAAAGUUGACAAUGUGCUGCUGUCUGCAGACUGCAGGGACACAUUCCUGUGUGACUUUGGUCUCUCAGAGACUUUGGAUGACAAUGGAUGGAGCACCAACACAUUCAGGGGAGCGGCCUUCCCCGGCACAGAGACCCACAUGGCUCCCGAGGUGGCCCGAGGGGAUCAACUGUGUGCCAAGGCCGACGUGUGGAGCAGUUGUUGUAUGCUGCUGCACAUGCUCAAUGGAUGCCACCCUUGGAUACGUUACUACUCCCAUCCUCUGUGUCUGCAGAUUGUCAAUGAGCCACCGCCUCUAUGGGAGGUGCCGUCCAACUGCAACAACUUCACGGCCAAAGUGUUCAGGGCUGGACUCCAGAAAGACUCCGACAGACGAACAUCUGCCAAAGAACUCCGGAGGAAAACCACCAAGGCCCUUAGAGCAGUUGGGGGUUUGAGUCCCUGGUCUGUCAAAAUUGCCUGUGAGAAGCUUCAUCAUAGCAAGAGCCAGAAUGAAGACACCCCCUGUUCUUUGUCACCUGAUGUCAACCCAACUAAAGCAUCAGAUACCAUGUACUGGGUGAGCCCCUGGAGGACUACAGCAGUGGACGAGGACAGCAAUGACUGGAGAGAUGGUGUCUCAGAUCAAGACUCUGAAGCAGAGACAUAUUCCUUAAUUAGGGAGUGGGAAUCCCGGCCAAAAUCACUUCAAGAUGAUUACACCGCAGAUGUAGGAGACUGGAACAGCUUUUCUGACUCAGAGGUCGAUAUAUACAUGGCAGAGGAGGAAUAUGUUCAGGAGAAGUGGCUGAGAAGUGACAGGGACUAUGAGGGGGAUUGGGAAGAGGAAGGAGAUGAAGAGGAGGAGAAGGAUGAGGACGAAGAUGAGUGGGAAUCUUCCAAGUCAGAGUAUCUCCGUGCUCUUCGGGGCAUUUUCCCUUUGCUGCAAAAAGGCCAACAGACAAAUGACAAUUCAUGGGGAUCAGAGCCAGAGCUGGAAUACCUCCGAGACGAUGUAGCUAUCGGCACAACAAUCCAGACCCCAUCCCCCGAACCUCGAGAUGACCCUCCUUCCUGUUUCAGCUGCUCGGACACAUCACCGAUGGAUGCCUCAGAGAAGGACUCUGACCAUUCGUCUGAUGAUCUGAGCUCUGGAGUCUUUUCCUCCUGCAACAGUCAGACAGAUGGACAUUUGGAGUGGUUGGCCUCAGACAAUCAGCCCUCCUCCUGCUGCUUCGAGGGUGUUGACAUCUGGAUCGAGAACGUCCAGGGCGAGUGUCUGCGGAUCCGUGAGCGUCGGCAGGUCAAAGUGGGACAUGUUGCUAUAGGAAUAAGCGACCAGAUCUCAGGGAAAGCCUUCACACUGGAGACCCUGGACAGGAAGACGGUGUCCUUUGAACAGGAGAUCAGAGAGUCCUGUCUGUGGCUGCGCUGCGUUCCUGCUCCUGACAGGUGUCAGCGCUGGAGGUGGAGGGUCAGAGACGGGAAGCUGGAACUUCGAGAAUGAGAUUUUAGUUAUUUCCUUGUUGUCAUUUACAAUACUUUAUGAAUAGAUUGUUCUAAAGACGUCAGGAUGUAAACAUGUGUACUAAAGAAGUUGUGCUACUGUUAUGACUGAAGAAUUUCCUGGAUGAAAUAGCCUGUGCGUAUUUGUAGGAAUUAUAUGAAUUUCAUCAAUAAGAUGUGACUUUAAAGAUGCCUUUCUAUUUUUAAAGAUGUUCUUUUUUUAUAUUCUUAAAUUGCCUUACUUUUAUUUGCUGGCAAAAGAGAUCAAUAUUUAAGUAUGCUUCUUAGCGUCAUCUCUGAUCUGGAAACUAGAGUAUGUCAUGUUUGUUGGUGCUUUUUAACUGCCGUUUAGGAGUAAAGGUGCUUAAAACAAUGAUUAACCUUCAUAUUACAAUAUAAGCUCUCAAGACAUUAAUCCUUGAAGGUUACUGACACUUUAUAUAGUAAUAAAACAUGACAUCAGAGGCAAAGAAGUUCUGUCUUCUGCUUGUUUUAAAGUUAUGUUUCCUUUCAUUCAUAAUGUGGUCAAUGCAGCUUCAGUAGAAGAAGGGAUACACUCAACACACACUCGCUGCUGGAAUGCUCUCUUGCGACCAUAGACUUAGACUGGAGCUGUAGCCUAUAGAACAUUUACAACACUAAUAAAACAACUUGCACAAAGAAAGUUGAUGUGACUGCAUGACAUGUAAAACAGGGUUUCACACGUGAUCAGAUCACAUGACUUGGCCUCAAGACUUUUCCUCUCAAUACAAACUACACAAAAUAGGAUUUAUGACAAUGCUCCAGCAAGUGAUGUCACCGAGGUCAUGUAUGGGAAUUUUGUUACCUUUUUAGGAAACAGGGUGUUUUUUUUACAAUUAAAACAUUUUGGUGGAUAUUUUA